AAUAAACAAAUACUCUACCUUGUAAAAACACCCUUCUAGGCCACCGUUUAGGAAUUCCAUGCACUAAGACAGAAGAAAAAAAGCCACCCCGCAGCAGACAGCACUAAUGUUCCAUAAAAUGGAGAGCGUUACCAAUGUCAUGGAGUAUGAGAUCCUAGCAAAGGAGAGACUACCCAAAAUGAUAUACGAUUAUUAUGCCUCUGGUGCUGAGGACCAGUGGACACUCCAAGAGAAUCGAAAUGCUUUCUCUAGGAUUUUGUUUAGGCCCCGUAUUCUUGUAGAUGUAAGCAAAAUUGAUACAACCACAAGUGUCUUGGGAUUUAAGAUUUCAAUGCCAAUCAUGGUUGCACCGACUGCAAUGCAGAAAAUGGCUCAUCCCGAAGGAGAAUAUGCAACAGCGAGAGCAACAUCAGCUGCUGGUACCAUCAUGACAUUAUCCUCAUGGGGUACUUCCAGCGUAGAAGAGGUUGCUUCAACCGGACCAGGCAUUCGCUUUUUCCAGCUCUAUGUGUAUAAAGACAGGAAUGUUGUUCUGCAACUUGUGAAAAGAGCGGAAAGGGCUGGUUUUAAGGCAAUUGCUCUUACUGUGGAUACGCCAAGACUUGGCCGUAGGGAAGCUGAUAUUAAGAACAGGUUUGUUUUGCCAUCUCACCUGUCACUGAAGAACUUUGAAGGACUGGAUCUUGGAAAGAUAGAUAAGACUGAUGACUCUGGACUUGCUUCAUAUGUUGCCGGGCAAGUUGAUCAGUCUCUAAGCUGGAAGGAUGUGAAAUGGCUUCAGACAAUAACACACUUGCCAAUCCUACUUAAGGGUGUAUUAACUGCAGAAGAUGCAAGGCUAGCUGUAGAAUCUGGAGCAGCUGGAAUUAUUGUGUCUAACCAUGGUGCUCGACAACUUGAUUAUGCUCCUGCAACAGUUAUGGCCUUGGAAGAGGUCGUGAAAGCAGUCCACGGAAGAAUACCUGUUUUUCUUGACGGUGGAAUUCGCCGUGGGACAGAUGUCUUUAAAGCACUUGCUCUGGGAGCAUCUGGUGUAUUUAUUGGAAGACCAGUUGUGUUUUCGUUGGCUGUUGAUGGGGAGGCAGGCGUUAGGAAAGUACUUGAGAUGCUUCAUGAUGAGUUUGAACUGACAAUGGCCUUAAGUGGUUGUCGCUCAAUCAAGGAAAUUAGUCGUAGUCAUAUCACGACUCCUUGGGAUUCCCCUCGCGUCACACCCCGGUUAUAACCUGAUUUCUCAACUUCUAUCAUAUCCAUACUUAUUCAACAGUAAAUGUUGCCCCUUAUAAGAAUGAUGGCAUCACUUCUUCGAUGCAACUUGAAAUUGCCUUGGAGCCAAAUAUUUGGUUCAGAUUACAGCAUCAAGAGUCUCUAUUAGGCAAUUCAAUUUAAAAUGUAUCUGCCAAAAUGCAAAGAGAGGGAUGUGGUUUCUCUGCUUUUGCAUAGUGGCCUCCAGUGGCGGAGCUAGGAUUUUCAAUAAUGGAGUUUAAAAUCUUCUUCUAGACACAUGUACUGUACCGAAGGGGGUUCAACAUUUAGUAUUUAUAUAUAAAAAAUCAUUUUUACCAUGUAUAAAUAG